ACACAGGCGGGAACUUGUCAGAUUAUUCUUGUUUUUAUUUUGCACCGCGACGAUAUUUUUGUUUUUUUUUCUACCAAAACUUUUCAAGUUAAAAAAACUACCCGUCUUUAAGCGUUUGCGGGCUGUUUAAAAAAAAGGUGUAAAUUUGAUCCGACAAAAAGACCCAUUAUUUGACAAAUAUCGGUGGUUCGAAAAAACGGGUCAAUUUUACAACUUUCAAUUGAGUGUUCCGCCAAAUGAGUGAGUAUAUUGAAAUUUAAUGCACACUUUGUGAUAAUACACGAAUUCUGGUAACACUGAUGGCUCGAUUGGAAAACGUCAACAGAACGCGACUUCAUCUUCUUUUUUCGUGUGAACUUAUAAACGGGGCUGCGAGCUGCGAAUGCCAGGAAAAUAUCGAAUUUUUUAGGUAUUUAAUUGGUUAAAAGUUAAAUUUUACUGAAACAAUUCUUCAGUAAUGUUGCUUCGACAUAUCAUCCCAACUAACAACGAUGUAGAGGAAAUUUACAUUGUCAAGCAGGAUGAUGAACCGACCGGGCCUUCGAGCAAUCCACUGGCUGGAGGUACGGCUGGGUCCAGUGGCGUAAUCAAACCAGGAGCAGUUCCACCUGCUUCGCUCUAUUUGAACGAAGACGUCGAAAUUAAGGACGAACCGGAAAGCAUUCACGGUAGCGAUGACGAAUACGACGAUAAAUAUCAACCACCACCAACCCCGCUGAUGUUACCACUUCCGGUGGACGUUCGAUUGGUUGAAGAUUUACCGCAAAAAUUGGAAGCCGUUAAAGCAGAACCGGUCGAUUCGGCAGCGUGGCUUCGAAAGGCACCCGUAACAACGCCAGCGGUAGUAGAUUCAGAACCUGCGGAUGUCAACAAGUCCACCAUAAAGAAAGAGGACAUACCUUCGGAGAAGAAUUCAUCCGAUGAUGAUUUUGUUGCGGACGAUUUGCCAGAACCGGAUACGGAAUCGGAGCCGGAUAUUAAACCGGUUGUUCCGGAGGUUGUCAAACGGAAACGUGGAAGACCACCAAAAAAUAAGCAGCAAAAACCUAAGUCCAACUCGGACAGCGGCGACUCGGAAAACGAUGUCUACGACACAGAUUACAAGCCAUCUAACAAUACUGCUACCCGAGUGAAAAAGGAACGAAAGGCACGUCGCAGGAAGACCAAACACGAUGAAGACAGUGACGAUUCGGAUGGCGAGGACGAUGUGGUCACAUGUUUCAUUUGUGUUUCGGACAAGCAGAAAAGUAGUGCGCUGGCAAAACACUUGCGCCAAGAGCACAAAAAAAUGUUACCGUUUAAGUGUACAUACUGUGUGUCGCGGAAAAUUACCAACAUGAAAAUGUUGAAUCUACAUUUUCGACAGCAUGACGAAACCAAGAAGCAUAAGUGUCAGUACUGUGCUGCUCGAUUCGAUUCAGCCCAAGCUCAGAGUAGUCACAUGCGACGGAUGCACAGCGAGCAGUAUGACUUGGACAUGGAUCGGUACAGGCGUUUUAUGUGUCGAUUUUGCGAUAAAAAGUUUACCAAAAAACACGAUUUGGAGAUACACGAGAAACGCCAUUUGAAGGAAACGUCGACAGAUCCGGAAUUAAUCAAGCGGGAACUGAAAUGUUACAUUUGUUGCAAGUUUGUCGGCAAGGAUCGAGAUGACUUGAAUAGCCACGUAACGCUACAUGACGAUUGGCUUCCAUAUCACUGCCAGAUGUGUGGCAACAAAAAAAUUACUACAGUUCGAGUAUUAUGCGAACACUUGCGGCAGCACCAAGAAGGACUUGCAAUUAAAUGCGUGUAUUGCGAUGAACGUUUUGUAACGUUGGCAACCUGUCAGGCACAUGAGCGCACACACACCGCAGAAAAGGAAGCAGAUGAUCUGAUGGACGCCAAAAUGAUAGCAGAAACAUACAACGCUACAGUCACUAUCGUGGACGGCCAAAAACGUUUCCAAUGUGACAAAUGUGAUCGAUCCUAUGCUUUGUUCAGCAGCUUACGCAAACAUCAGAAUGUUCACGUCAAGGGUGAAUUUGUGUGUAGCAAAUGUGGGCGCUGUUUCUUGAAAGCAUCGACUCUAGCGUUGCAUGAAAAACGCAACCACGACGAAGCGGCCAACUAUUCUUGUGAAGGAUGCGGUAAACCUUUUCGUACUAUUGGUCACCUGCUGGAUCAUCGAAACCGCACACUACAUUUUAACGGGAAACCUCAUUUCUGCGAAGGUUGCACGAAAUCGUUUGUCCAUCCAGAAGAACUGAAAGAACACCAGUUGAUCUGUUCCGAAGUAGAAGCGAAUCGGCCUUGUUUGUGUGGGCUUUGCUCGCAGAAUUUCGACUCAUUGGCCGCUGCGCUGGAACACGUAAAAGCUAACCACGAUCUGGAAAUCCCGGAAACCAAAUGUCAGUACUGUGAUCUAAUCUUCCGGGAUGCCGAACGCAUAGUAGAGCAUGAAUUCAAACAUACGCUGCCUGGAAUUAUGACCUGCAAAAUUUGCAACCGUAUCUUCAAGCAUUUGAAGAAUUUGCAAUGUCACAUAAAAAAUCAUGGCAAGGUGGCUAUUCCAUUCAUGUGCGACAUAUGCGGCAAAACGUUCACUCAAAAGGGAACACUGACGAUCCACACCCGGUUACACACAGGAGAACGUCCGUAUUCCUGUCAGUUGUGCCAGAAGGGGUUCGUUGAUAAGAACGAAAUGCGCCGACACUACAAUAUGCAUUUCAAUCCGCAAAGCAAACUGUACAUUCCGAACGCCACCGACAUUGCUGCUCCGGUUGACAUCGGAACCACCGGCAAAAAGUAUAAACAAUAUACUUGUAAAAUUUGUGGUCGGCAGUUGACGACAUCGACUGCACUAGCCAAACACAUCACUACCCACACUGGUGAAAAGAAAUAUCAGUGUGAGUUUUGCAACAAGCGGUUUGCCCAAGGAGGCCAACUAACGGUGCAUCGGCGGAUCCACACCGGUGAGCGACCGUUUGCUUGUGAAAAAUGCGGCCAGAGAUUCGUUGGAGGAAGCAACUACAAACGUCACAUCAAGCAGAAGAUGUGUCACAUCAAGGCAACGAAGACGGUCACGCUGGCCGCACAAAUGCAAGCUGCUGAAAGAAACCGCACUGCCGAAUCCACUCAGGUGCUUGUGAAUGAAAUGGGCACAGCGUCAAAUAUACUAAUGGAAACACACCCGUUGAGCCAAUCGCCGGCCGAAGUCUCAACGAUGAGCAGCAUCGGCGAAAUCGAGAUGAUGCAACCGAAGCUCGAACAAAUCUUUCCAACAGACUAAGAACAGUGUCCAGUUUUCUCAAAAAAAAAUAUCUUUUUUUUUUAAGAAAUCUCAUUUGGCUUAUAGCCAGGCAUCAUACUAGGGAAAAACUUUAAAUUUGUGUCGAAAAUUAGCUAUACGUUCAAAAUUUUUAAAAUAACAUAAGUAAAAUGAUACUUAAGUAAAAUAAUAAUAAAUGGUAACCUUCAUACCAUAGACCCGCCCACAAACUUUUUUUCAACAGAACAGACACUUUUAUUACAGUCUGUGCUUUCAUCUUUAACGGAUGUUCUGCCUGCAGUGCUCAACUAAUAACCAUCCCAAAAACAGAUAUCAUAAUCAGAUGGCUUGUAGGCUAUCGUGAAAGUGAAAAUUGUAUUUCCAAAUAAAAUUUCUACCAGAAUUGUAAA